CAAUUUUCGCGCGGUUUUACCGGUGUCUAUAUUGUCAUUUUGCUAACGUCGGCGUCUUGAAAAAGGGCAAUAAACUUUUUGUGAUUAAUUUAAUUGAACCAAUCUAAAAUUAAUAAUUUUCUUUGUGUUUUAGCUUUUGUUAGUAACAGCAAAUUAAGAUGUUUGAGGCAAGAUUACUUCGCAGUUCCAUUUUGAAGAAGGUUUUGGAGGCGAUAAAGGAUCUUUUAACACAAGCCACGUUCGAUUGCGAUGACAAUGGAAUACAAUUACAGGCUAUGGACAAUUCACAUGUGUCACUGGUUUCACUAACAUUACGAGCAGAUGGAUUUGAUAAAUAUAGAUGUGAUAGAAACAUAUCUCUGGGUAUGAAUUUGAGUAGUAUGUCAAAGAUCCUGAAGUGUGCAGGAGAUAAGGACACGGUGACAAUGAAAGCGCAGGACAACGCUGACACCGUGACCUUUGUGUUUGAAAGCCCCAAUCAGGAGAAAGUAUCUGAUUAUGAAAUGAAGCUCAUGAAUUUAGAUCUUGAACAUUUAGGCAUUCCUGAGACAGAGUACAGUUGCACGAUUCGCCUGUCCAGUGCCGAGUUCGCGAGGAUCUGUCGUGAUCUCUCACAGUUUGGGGAGUCUAUUGUCAUCUCAUGUACUAAAGAAGGAGUGAGAUUCUCUGCAUCUGGGGAUAUUGGUUCAGCCAACAUCGCGCUGGCACAGACGGCUUCCGUGGACAAGGAGGAGGAGGCGGUGGUCAUUGAGAUGGAGGAGCCAGUCACCCUUACCUUUGCCUGCCAGUACCUAAAUUACUUCACCAAAGCCACAUCCCUCAGUCCACAGGUGCAGCUAUCAAUGUCAGCAGACGUGCCCCUCGUGGUGGAGUACCGUAUCCCGGACAUCGGCCACAUCCGGUACUACCUCGCACCCAAGAUAGACGACGAUGAUAAUUAGCAUGUCUACUAGUGCGCUCUUUCCGAAUAAAAUUAUGUUAAACUCCGUGCCUUAUGGAAAUAUGUGUAAUGAUAAACAAUAAUGUGAUAAGAUUUUUGAUAAUAAAAGUUUUGGUCAUCGAAA